AUGAAAAGAGCCUUCCAGGGCGACCGGUUCCACCAUCUCCACUCUAGGGACAUCGAGGACGCCUCCCUGACCACCAUCUCGGACCUGAUCAACCGGACGACCGGUGCCGCCGACAUCCCGCUGUCGGCCUUCGUGGCAGCCGCCGUGGAGGUGUGCGGCGCGGACUGCUCGUCGAUCGGGGUGUCGGAGGCCGACCUUUCGGACAGCUACUCGGUCGCUUGGGAGAUGGUUGAAGACAACACCAUGACGAUGUCGCUCAGCGCGAAGGGCAUCGGCGACACCGGGAUGCUGGGGAUCGGCUGGGGAGGACUCACCAUGAGCGAUGCCCAGGAUUACGUGAUCUGCGAGGUGCUCUCGUCGACCGAGGCGGAGUGCAUCGACCGGCAGGCGACGGGUGGGCGGUCCCUCCCGGACCCGGACGACGAGGACGACCCUUACCUCGAGGUCUUGAGCGUGGAGGUGGAGGGCGACUGGACGACGGUGCAGUUCUUGAGGUCGUUCGCCACCCUGGACGAUCAGGACUACGACCUCUCCCAGGACCUCGACAACGAGGAAGACACAGAAGUCAUCUACUCCUUCCGAGAGGGGGCCGGGGUGGGCCAGCACCCGAACGCCAAUCGAGGCGCUAGCACCGUCAACUUUGCCACGGGAGACGUCGAGAACGAGUGCGACGAGAACAACUUCGUGUCCAUACACGGGGCGCUCAUGCUCAUCGCGUGGAUGGUCCUGGCACCGUGGGGCAUCUACUACGUCAGGUACCGCAAGGGCGAGGAGAUCGACUUCAUCUGGCGCUACCAGUGGUGGGAGAUGCACGAGGAGAUCAUGAUCGUAGCCUCGGAGGCAGUUUUGCCCCUCGGCAUCACAGCUAUUUUUGCGUCGGGUGGAGAGCACCAGAACGAGCACGCACACUGGGGCUACUACAUGAUCGCCGCGGUUAUCGCCCAAGUGCUGUCGGGCUGGCUGCGAGUGAAGGGGCUGGGAGGAAAGAACGCCAACUUUUGCCUCUUUCACCGGUGCAACAAGUUCUUCCACAUCUACGCCGGGCGUUUCGCCUACUUGGCUGGCGUGGUGCAGUGCUACCGGGGGCUGGAGCUCGUGGCCAGCGACGACCAGCUCAUUUUUUCGGCGGGGGACGGCCUCGACCUACAGCUGGGGAGCUUCGGGUUCGUGUACGACUACGGCUUCCCCGCGUGGUUCGGGCUGAUCGCCCUGAUCUUCUUGUAUCUCGAGACAAGGAAGCAGUACCGCCGCUACUUCAAGAAGGGAUCCGCCACGGUUCUAGGGUGCCUUCAGGUCGUUAACGAGGGUUACAAGGGCGACGAAGGAGCCGACGGCGAGCAGCCGAAGAGGGAGAGGCUCAUGCCCAGAACCGAGGACCUGCCCAUCUACAGCGUGGCGGAGUUUAACGACAAGGUGCUGAACGGGCAGAGCUGGGUGCUGGUGGACGGGGCGAUCCUGGACGUUUCCGAGUUCGCGCAGCGGCACCCGGGGGGGCGGCGCCUCAUCAUCAACGCACUGGGCACGGACAUCACGCAAGAGCUUCUCGGCGAGGACCUGUCCGUGGGGCACGCCAUGUCGUUCUCCCCGCACGCUCACAGCGAGAGAGCUUGGACGAUCCUGCGGAGGCUGGUAGUGGGGUACAUCGAGGAGGAGGAGGACGACAACGGCGGCGGCGACAGAGGCGGUGGGCAAGAGCAGCACCAACGGGCGAGGGUGGGGAGUGGGGCGCGCGACAGCACCGCCGAGAGAACGGCAAGGGAUGGCAGCGUCAGCAGCGAGGUCCGGCGGCCUUCGUCGGUAGGAGCGAGCGUGGCGACGACGGUGCGGGCGGGGGACGCGGAGGUGGCGCCGGCGGCAGAGGGGCAGGGGGCGAAGAGGAAGAACCACAAGUUCCGCGUCGCCGGGCAGGCGGUGAUGCUCGUGGCGGGGAGGGGCGGCGGCGGCGGCCUCACCGGGGACGCUCUGGCAAGCAAGGCGCAGCGGCUGAACCCGAUAGCGAGCAUACCGGACAAGGUCGUUACCCCCCCCGUGAACGCGAGGGAUCAUCUCGGCUCGGACCACGUGGCCCCGCGCGUGGUGGACGGGCCGCGUUCCCGAGCACCUCCGAAGAGAAGCAACUCAAGCAACAAGCGGCUGCUCGAGAGGUUCCAUGUGUGCCCCCUCCUGUUCCGGGAGAGGAUGGGGGCGACCAGCGCCGUGGGGAGGGGCAACCUGCCAACCACCCGCCCGGUGUACCGGUACAUCUUCCUGUGCCCCGGCCAGGCGCAGGUUUUGCCCCAGAACAUCACCGGGGUCUGCUACUUCAACAUGCGGGCGCAAGAAAAGGGGAACGGCGUGAUCCAGCGAUCCUACAACGCGUACGCGGUGAGGGUGCGGGACACCAACCCUACCCCGACCGCGGGAGGGAUGCUGAUGGGCGGACUUUCCCACGGUAGCGACAAGGGGGCCGGAACGCUCAUAGUCGUCCCGGCUAGCCAGACGACGGAGGGGGUGCUGUGCAUCGAGAUGCGCAUCAGGCUGUACCACGACGGGGCCAUGAGCAAGCUGCUGGAGAGGCUCGCGAAGGACACGGACAAUCCCGCGGUACAGCUGCAGGGUCCUUUCGUGAUCCAGAAGCUAGUCCCGCCGCCGGCGCACCGGAACGUCGUCAUGAUCGCCGCCGGCACGGGCAUCAACCCAAUGGUGCAACAAAUCCGAGACUACCUGGCCCUGCCGAGAGUUGCCGCGCAGUCCUCGAGGUCUCGGCUGGCCCUGGUGUGGCAAGCGACAAGCGAGGCCGACCUCUACGGCUCUGAAGAGAUGACGGAACUGCAGUAUGAUCGCCGCCUUUGCGAGGCGAAGAGCAACGGCCUUCUAGAGGUGACCGUGCUCAUCAGCGGGGAGCACCGCAAGAGGAACAUCCCCGGGGCCGCGUUCCGGAAGGGCGCCGGGAAGCUGCUGGCCAAGGCCGGUCUCGUCUCUCCAGCGGCGGCGUCGCCCGCCAACUCCUUCAGGACCAUGCCGAGCGGGAGGCCGUCCAACAAGAACUCCGUCAGCUCGAUCAAGUCCAUCAACGAGACCUCGUCGGCCGUCUUUCCGGAAGACAGCGAGAAGGAAGGGCGGGGGGUGGAGAUCUCGACCGGGACGAGCAUUCUUUCCACUGUGCGGCGACACUUGCGAACGAGUGAAAGAAUACCUUCGAACACCAGCGUGGCGGGCGCUCUCGCCCGCGGGAAGGUCAGCCGCGAGGUCCUCGAGGAAGUGUUCGGCCCUAGCCUGCUGGGGGUUGUGGAGGCGGCCCGCAAGAAGGAGGAGCAGCUCUCCGCCACCGUGCGGAGGCGGCUGCAGAGCCUGGCCAGGCGGAACAAGGCCGGGACGGCCAGGAGAAGGUCGUCGUCGGGGGGGGGGGAGCGCAAGGAACCGGAGAAAAAAUAUGAAGACGAAGACGACGACGACGACGUUUUCGCAGACUUUUUGGCGGAUGACCUUGCCGGGAGCGGUGACACCCCUGGGAAGCUGCAGGUGGUGGUCUCCGGGCCGAGCGGUUUCGUGUUCUACGUGGAAACAAUCCUCACCGAGAUGGGCGUCCUCCCUAGCGCGAUCGUCCUACUCGAUUGA